AGAUUCGAUUCAAAAUUAUUCGAUUCGUAUUCAAUAACAAAUAUUCGAUUCGAUUAGUAUUUUAAUAUGUAUUUCGAUUCGACAUUCGUUGAUAUUCGACUCGAUAUUUAUAUUUAUAUAUAUACUAUUGAUAUAUAAUAUUAAUAUUUUAAUUAUAAUUUUUAUGGAGUAAUAUCUAACUUCUAAUUUUAGCCAUCCUUUCAAAAAAAAAAAAUUGUAGUUCUAACCCUAAUUAGAAUUAGGCGCGCCGCUCCCUCACUCCAUUUUCAGAUCUGAAUUCAGCUCUACUCAUCUCUUCUCCACGCCGCGCCUGCAUCGGUUUCUCUUCUCCGCCGCGGCGUCGUCCUCCCCUCCAUCUGCUCCUGCUGCCGUUUGCUAGCAGCUCCGCCGUUUUCUGUUCCUGUUUCACUCGCUCAUCGUCGCGCCGCCUCGUACCGGACGGCCGUCUCCUAUCGCCGCCGCCGCCUGCUACUAACCAGCGCCAUCGUGUAGCAGGUGAGUUGAAUAUCAAUCAAUCUACUCUUGGAAGUUGGAAAUGAGUUUGAUUGUAAGAGCCAGGCAUCGUUUGUGCAAUGGAGCUUUUAGUAAACAUAUAUACUCUCCCAUCGUUGCAUCUCGUUCUCCUAAGUCGAUAACCAGACACUUUGCUCAAGCUGCAAAGUCUGAGAAUGAUGAGGAAGAAGAAGUAGAGAUAGACCAGAGAAGGCUUCCAACUGAUUACGACCCUUCAAAUUUUGAUCCGACAGAGCACCGUAGUCCUCCAUCCGCAAGGGUUUGGAGGCUCGUUGAUGAAAUGGCUGGGCUCACUCUUGCUGAAGCUGCAGAGCUCUCUCUUAUAAUGAGGAGGAUGUUGUCGAUGAAGGAGAAUGUAGUCGUUGGGGUCAUGAAACCAGGUGCCGGUGGGGUCGCUGGAGGAGCAACGAAGGCUGCAGCAGCAGCAAAGGAAGACAAGAAGCCUGAAAAGACAGCCUUUGAACUGAAGAUGGAAUCUUUUGACGCAGCUUCAAAACUCAAGGUGAUUAAAGAGAUACGGAGUUUUACAGACUUGGGACUGAAAGAGGCUAAGGAGUUGGUCGAGAAGGCACCAUCCGUCCUUAAGAAGGGAGUGUCGAAAGAAGAAGCAGAACAAAUUAUUGAGAAGAUGAAAGCAGUUGGGGCGAAAGUCGUCAUGGAAUGAUAGCUGCUGCUUCGCCUGCUGUUGGCCCAGUGAAGGGAAGGCGUCUAGUCCAAAAGGGGCUGCUACUCUUCCCGUUCAAAUUUAUCUUGAUGGUAGGAUCGAUAGAGAAUAAAACUCUUAUCGUAAGGCCUAGAAUUAUUGGGAUAUUGAGAUCCUAAGGCCUAGAAUAAAACUCUUGUCCUAAGGCUUUUGUUCUCUUCAGACAUCCUCUCCUCCACUCCAGUUAUUGGGAUAUUGAGAAACAAUGUAGUUUCAUUGUUUGGAUCUAGUAAUUACAAUGUAUGUUUCAUGCCCAAAUAGAUGUUCUUGCACAGGAAUGUGCUUUUACUUCUUGUGACUACGAAGUUAAUUGAUGGGAUUUCUUUGAUGUA